AUGCGAAACUAUGCAGCGGUUAUUGCAUUACAUCAGCCCCACUCAACCGAGGACAUUCGGAAAUGCUGUUGUGUCAAUAAAAAGGAUCUCCUACUUGACGGACAACGAGCACGAGCCCAAUGGAACUUCUUGGAGCAGCUGUACAGAGUGGACGGCAGGGCAGGGAAAGCCCGCUCCAUUAAACUGACUGACAAGCAUCUUAAUCCUCAAUCAUAUGACAAGAUGAAGCUUCCAUUACACACUCGGCGUGGACUACAUUGUGCUAGUAAUGAUAUCGAAAUCCAUCCUUCUAUCGCAGGUUUAGAAUCCACACGUCCUACUGCUACAGAAUUAAGGGAGUUAAUUUACCUAAAGUUUGAGUUAGGAGGUGUGUUAGAAGGUAAGAUGAACCGCUGUAGAGAGAGCGUACGACGGAGACGAAUGAGACAACUCGAUGCUUGA